CAGUCUCUCUGGCCUUUACUUUUUUAUCCGCUAGGGUUUUAAUUUGUAGAAGAGGGACUCGCUUUUGCUGGAUCUAUCGCCUAUGGCGAAACCAAGCCGUGUCCGUCCUUCUCCGUCCAUCUCUGGAUCCGCAUCUCCUUCCAGUUCAGGGAGUCGCAGCCCUCCUCCUCGGGGAAAAAGUUCUGCUGGGCCUGCUUGGCAAGGUCGCUCUCCAUAUUCGUAACUCGCAUACAUUCUCUAGUUUACAAUGAGAGCUACACGUAUUCAUGAAUCACUUGUUCUCCGCCUUGAUUCUCCUAACUCUGUGUCUAGUGCACCAAAAAGAGAGUCUCCAAAAUCUGAUAAUACCAGUGGUCACGUUCUGAAAGCUGGGCCCAAGCGCCCAGAGAGAAAGGAGCGCUCUUACUUGCAGUUUAUCAAGAUCGAAACCAAAAAAACUCCCAUUUCUACUCCAAACUCUUCUUCUCUGACCAGGUCGUAUUUUGACGCUCCCUUGGACUCCAAGUGCUUUUACGUAGGAGCCUUGGAUGAAUUAUUUGUCCGUGUUGGCACACGUAACAAGCUUAUAUAUAAUGCUGAUUGGUCUGGUGCUGAUGAUGCCAACCAUUAUUUCAGUUGGCCUGCUGAUAAGAGGUGGCUUUCACGGUGGUCUCCACGAGGUUCUUUCUUUGUCACAUGUUACUACUAAAUGGUCAUUAUGUGGGGCUCAAGAUAUCAUAACGACCAUACCCCCCUCAGGCGUUUUAAUCAUUAUCAGGUUGAGCAGUUUGAUUUAUCUCCUGGGGAGAAGUAUUUGGUAACCUAUAGCACACCAAACCCGAGUGACUCAAAUGGACUCUGGCUAAAGAUUUUCGAUGUGAGAACUGGGACAGGAAUCGUUGGACUAAAUAAUGCUGGUGUUGCUGACUCUCCCCAAUGGCCUGUGAUUAGAUGGGCUGGGGGUGAAGAUGAUGAAUACUUUGCCACGUUUAACAAAAACAACACUGCAUCUGUCUACGAGACCAAGAAUCUCAACCUGCUACUGGACGUUGAUGAUGUUAUAGAUAUAUCUUGGUCUCCUACCGAACCUGUACUGGCAAUACUGUUGAAAGCCGGUGGCAAGCAGCCUGUCAAGGCUCUUCUUCUGCGAAUCCCCGGCAUGCAGAGGCGGACCCAGUAAAGCCCAAGUGGGGUCACUUGACACCACAAAUAUGGUCAAAUAAAUAAAAUUGUAUGAAAAUACCAAAAGAAUCUGCAGCAGAGUUGGUUAAUCUGAACCUUUUGACACCCCAAAAACCAGGGUUCAAACCCAUUGACACCUCUUUUCCUUAAUAUUUUGAAAGUCAUAUAUAUAUGUGAACCCACUAAAAUUAAUCUCUGGGUCCGCCACUGCCGGCAUGGUGAAGCUGGCAGAGAAGGAUCUUACCGCCGUUGUUGGCAGCGACUGCAAGAUGCACUGGCAGAGCAAUGGUGAGUAUCUCGCUGUCAAUACUUACGGGGGAUUUGAGUUUUUCCGCAUCAAAGAGGAGGAAGGCACACCCACAGAUUUUCUCAAGGUGGACAAGGAGAUCCUGGCUUUUGCAUGGGAGCCUAGCGGUCACAGAUUUGCUGUGAUUUACGACGAACCAAAUCUAUUAUCAGCUGUCAGUUUCUACUCGAUGAAGAAACCUGGAAAGGUCACAGAGCUUACUAGUUUAAGCAACAAGCAAGCAGAUGCCCUCUUUUGGUCGCCCAAAGGCAAUCUCAUUGUUCUUGCUGGAUUGAAAGCGGGCAAGCUUGAGUUUUAUGACGUGGAUCGGCUUGUUGCAAUUUCCUCAGUUGAAACCGUGAAUGCGAACAAGGUUGUUUGGAAUCCAAGUGGAAGUUAUAUAGCAACGGUGUCUACAAUGCCAGAAGAGGAUUAUAAUAGACAUUGUGACUGUGAACAAAAUGAUCCUCUUAAUGGGUUCAAUAUCUGGUCCUCCCAAGGAAAACUUCUUUGUAAACAUCAGUUUGAUUCUCCUCUACUGCAGCCUGCAGUAUGA